AAGUGUCCGGACUGGAAGGGGGUAAAGUGUCCGGUCUGGAAGGGGGGGAAAGUGUCCGGACUGGAAGGGGGUGAAAGUGUCCGGACUGGAAGGGGGGGAAAGCGUCCGGACUGGAAGGGGGUGAAAGCGUCCGGACUGGAAGGGGGGGGAAAGUGUCCGGACUGGAAGGGGGUAAAAGUGUCCGGACUGGAAGGGGGGAAAGUGUCCGGACUGGAAGGGGGGAAAGUGUCCGGACUGGAAGGGGGGGAAAGUGUCCGGACUGGAAGGGGGGGAAAGUGUCCGGAUUGGAAGGGGGUGAAAGUGUCCGGACUGGAAGGGGGGAAAGUGUCCUGGACUGGAAGGGGGUGAAAGUGUCCGGACUGGAAGGGGGGGAAAGUGUCCGGUC